AUGAAGGAGAUGCACAGAGCGGGUGUUCACACCACCAAAACACCUACCCCAGGAGCCUUCUCCUUGUUCGUGGAAACUCUGAUAGGUUGGUCUGGAUUGACUUUGAUGUUGCAACGACUUUCACCGACUUUGGACCAGGUCUGCUGCGACUACGAAACUGCGCUUGUGAAGGGAUUUGGGGAAGCAAUGAUAGAUGACCAGGCUGAGGGACUCCCCCUGAAUACAAAAAUUUACUGA